GGCGGCUCUAGGGGGGCCCCCGACCUCGAGACCGAGUCCUGGUCAAUUCUUGGGGGGUUUAAGGUGCGCACAACACGUACUGUACACCCAACAAAGGCCGACGAGGACCGGCUGCCAUCAUUCAUGGCCCGGCCCAUCAGAUAACUGCCCGCUCUCCCGCAGGCGCCCUGGGGGAUGCCCUGUACCUGCUGUAUGUGGUUGCGGUCCUGGUCUAUCUCAAGUGUGCGUCAAGACCCGGUUUCGUGCUUGGCUCCCUCUCCCGUCAGCCACCAUAAAUACGGCCUGCUCCCUUCUUUGACACACGUAUGGAGGGCUCAUUAUUUUGAGCCCUCACUGAGCUACCCGUCCCAUCCGAAUCAUACUUGCUACUCUUGACUUGGCGGACUCGACUAUAAUAAGUCCUUCGUCUCCCUCCCUCUUGGCUAGAUACAUAUCAGAGUGACUACCAAGCACUCAUUAGUCCUACAACAAAGCAUCACAGGCAUAAGAACAUCCCGGCUCACUCACCCACGAGUCCUAACAAAAUCAUCACAUUAUCCAGGAGACGGUUUCUUUCUACUACUUCUUUUGUGUCCAUGUCGCCCUCUGCCCUGACAGACUCCCCGCCAUCACGCACCUCGGACCCGGCCGUCCAGCGCGUCGUCAGCAGCGGCGUCGACAGCCUCGCGGUGCAGGACCCCUUCCCGAGCUUCCAUGGCUACGACCAUGUCACCUGGUGGGUGGGCAACGCCAAGCAGGCGGCGUCGUACUACACCACCCUCUUCGGCAUGACCACCAUCGCCUACCGCGGGCUCGAGACCGGGUCACGCUACUUCGCCUCGUACCUGGUCGGCAAGGGCGACGUCCGCUUCGUCUUCACCUCCCCGCUGCGCUCGCACGCCCACCUCCCCGCCGACGAGCCCAUCUCGUCCGAGGACCGGGCGCUGCUGGUCGAGAUGCACGCGCACCUCGAGCGCCACGGCGACGCCGUCAAGGACGUGUGCUUCGAGGUCGACGACGUCGAGGGCGUCUACGCCCGCGCCGUCGAGCAGGGCGCGACGUCCAUCGCACCGCCCCGGGUCCUGUCCGACAAGCAGCACGGCUCCUCCGUCGUGACGGCCGCCAUCCGCACCUACGGCGACACCACCCACACCCUCCUCUCGCGCCGCGGCUACGGGGGCGUCUUCAUGCCGGGCUUCCGGGCCGUGACCAAGCCGACCCCCGCGGCCCACGCGGCCCUGCCCGACGCGCCCCUCCGGCGCAUCGACCACUGCGUCGGGAACCAGGACUGGGGCGACAUGGCGGCCGCGUGCGACUUUUACGAGCGCUGCCUGUCCUUCCACCGCUUCUGGUCCGUCGACGACAACCAGAUCAGCACCGAGUUCAGCGCCCUCAGCAGCGUCGUCAUGGCCAGCCCCAACAACGUCGUCAAGAUGCCCAUCAACGAGCCCGCAAAGGGGAAGCGGCGCUCCCAGAUCGAGGAGUACGUCAUCUUCAACUCCGGGGCCGGGGUGCAGCACAUCGCCCUCCUCACCGACGACAUAAUCGCCACCGUCGAGGCCAUGCGCGCGAGGGGGGUCGAGUUCAUCGAGGUUCCCCCGACCUACUACGACUCGAUGCGCAAGCGCCUCCGCACCGAGCGCCGCGGCUGGGAGCUGGCCGAGGAGUUCGACACCCUCGUGCGCAACAACAUCCUCAUCGACUACGACGAGGGCGGAUACCUGCUCCAGCUCUUCACCCGCCCGCUCAUGGACCGGCCCACCGUCUUCAUCGAGAUCAUCCAGCGCAAUAACUUUGACGGCUUCGGCGCCGGCAACUUCAAGAGCCUGUUUGAGGCCAUCGAGAGGGAGCAGGCCGAGCGCGGAAACCUAUGAUCCUUUUCGUUUCCGCUUCUAGUGUUUGACUUGACUCCCUUUCAUCUUCUUCAUUCGCUUCCCUCUUCUUUUUCUUCUCGACGCGAAACCCACCAUGUAUUGGGAACGAAAUCUGCCUGUUUUAUGUUUUGGAUCGAGCGGUUUGCGGCAUGACGGCUACGUUAAGGUUUUGAUCCCCUUUUUCUCUGUAUAUACUUGUGCAUCUUGGGUGGCUCAUCUUCACAGUACGGCGAAUAGCAAAAUAUCACCUCUUUGGAAACUUCCCGAUGCUGCCCUAAUUAUUUGAUUGUAAACCGUGG